GCGAAGUCAUCAGAAGUGUGCGAGGCGUCCAUAAACAACAACACUACCAAACAGAACGAGAAGAUCAACAGUUGGAAGAAAAUGUCGCACUACAACACGGGCAUCGGCAGUAGCGUGCCGUCCGUGGUUGAUAUGGUGAGCGGCUUUUCGGCCUUCCUUGUCGACUUUGUGCAGGUCGUCCUUGGACAGACUCAAACAAGCUUCCAGGCGGCAUCACCAGAGGACAGUGAUCCUGGUGUGUUUGACCCAGACACGCGCAGCUGGUCAGGCCCGGAAGGUCUGCGCUACCGCGUUGGGCUCUUUCCCAUCCCUAGUGAGCGUCACACACGUGAAAAGACACGCAACAUUAAAAUCUUAAUGGAUAACUGCCGCCGAAUCUGCCUCGCCGACGAGCUUCCCGCGACGAAGGAGGAGAAAAAGUUCUGGUCCGCGUACCGCUUUAUGAAGUAUCAGCUCUUCCUCGCCCCUGCGUGUAUCGUCAUGCCGCCCCUGUACGUCUUUUCGAAGAUAUUUCACGACAAGCUGCACCCGGUGCUGCGGGGACGCAUGAUGCCAAUUAUGGGCGGCAUGAUGCUGGCUGAGUUGUGGGCUGAUGCAACAUAUCCCGGUCACCAACUCUUGUCGACGGCGUUGCGGGCAAAGACGCCGAUGGGGGACGCGGCACGGGCGGAGUGGGUGCGCCUGCAGCCUGUGGAUAUUCCCUUUUACAUAUUCACCGCCUAUCAGUUUCAGCUCAUGUUCAACGCCGUUCCGGACGAUAUACUUUUCGGAGGAGACAUCGCUACGCUGUGCGGGUGA